UCAGUAUUGUUGAAAUAUAAAUGUAUAAGCACCUUUAUAGAGUCUAUACGUAUUUAUAGUAUCGUCAGUUAUAAAGAUAAAUGGGGUUUAAUAGGAAAAUGCAAGGAUUCAGUGUGCUAAUAUUUCUGUUUUUGCUGUUUUGUGGUCAUGAAACAAGUCAUGUUGUUAAGCGCAGCAUUGACCCAUCAGCCUCGUACCCUCUUAUUACUGAUGAUCGACUGCCGAAAGAUGUUAUACCACAGAGCUAUGAUAUUUAUCUAGAACCGAACGUUGAAGAAAAUAUAUUCUCUGGUCACAUAAAAAUGAAUUUGACGUGGAAAUCAGAUUCUAAAAAAAUUUCAAUCCACGCUCAUUUUAAUUUGGAUAUCAAUGACAGGAAAAUUGUCUUACGAAAAAUAAAUAAGAAUAAUAGUGACUCGCAGUUAUCUGAUAAUGUAUCUGUUGUGCGCGGCAGUCGAUUCCCAAAGAAAACAAUUUAUAUCAUAUACCUAAAAGAAGUAAUCAAACAAGGCACGGAGUGCCUUUUAGAAAUUCCGUUUGAAGGAAGCAUUUGGGAAAGUGGAGAAGGCCUAUUCAAAGGAUCCUAUUCAAAUGGGACUUAUUUGGCCACUUACUUAAGACCGAAUAACGCUCGACGGCUGUUUCCCUGCUACGAUGAACCUGGAUUUAAGGUGCCAUUUACAGUCUCCAUUACAAGACCGAGUCACUUAGUUACGAUAUUUAAUACUCCGCUGGCUCGUACUACCAACCACUCUAUUCUCAAAGAUCAUGUAAUCGACUUUUUCGAAACAACCCCACCUAUGUCUUCAUUUACAUUUGGCUUUGUGACGUCGAACCUUGUAAAAUUGCAAAAUGAGGUCAAACCUGAAGCGGAAUUAAAGACUCAAUCAGAACCUGUUAUAAAUCUUUGGGGCUUUGAAGAUAAUGUAAAUCAGUUAAAAGAAGUUCGUGAAAAAGUUUUACUUGCUCAUAAAGCAAUACAAAGCUAUUUCGAAAUACCUCUUCCUUUAUCUAAAAUCGAUGUGGUUGUCAUACCUGAGCUACCAGUAGUGCGCCCGGUAGAUAAUUGGGGCUUGCUGCUGUUUAAAGAAAGCGAUCUUAUGCAAAAUCGUUAUUACGAUAUAGCACAGGAACUGAUAUAUCAAUGGAUUGGUUCGUGGGUCACUCCUGAAUGGUGGACUGAUGCCCAUCUUAACAAAGCCCUGGCAAGUUUCUUGGCGUCAGAAAUUGUUAUAAAGUUAGACGGUGGCAUCGAGUUCAAUGGCAAAUACCCUAUGACGACGCUAUACUCAAUAUAUUAUGAGUUCAGCAAAAGGUAUCCCCAUUCUCGCAUCACAGCAAUGAAGCAAGAGACAAUCUCUUAUAAAAUGGAGCUAGUCAUACGUAUGCUAAACUUUACUUUGGGCAAAGACUCGUUCCAAAAAGGCCUUAGAGCAUUCAUUGAAAAUCUUCAGUUUAAAACAUUUGUCGGAAAUGAUCUUUGGAGUGCGUUAACCACUCAGGCGGUAAAGGAUGGAACCCUAAAGAGCCAAUACAAUGUGGCAGACAUUGUCGGCACGUGGUUUGCGAUUCAUCGCUUACCCGUAGUAACUGCUCGCAGAGAUUAUGAAAAAAAUACCGCUACAAUUCAGCAAAAGCUGUAUCUCAGAGAGAGGCCGCAUGAUGUGCCAGAACAGGACAAAAUGGUUUGGUGGAUUCCAAUUGUUCUGAAUCGACAAGAUGCACUUAAUUUUUCAAACUGCAGUCCCUACGUGUGGAUGGAAAAGGCUCAGCAAAUGACAAUUAAUAAUAUGCCGCCAAAUGAUCAAUUUAUUAUUAUCAAUCAAGAAGAAAUUGGUCCAUUUCCAGUUAACUACGAUGAACGAAAUUGGCAAAUGCUCUCUAAUUUCUUACAAACUGAAACUGGUCGAGCUCUAGUUCCAACAUAUACGAGGUCGAAACUCUUACAUGAUGCUUGGAAUCUUGCUUACGCUGGUGAUUUAGGUUUUGCAACGGCCCUCAAUAUGACAUUAUUUAUGAAAUUCGAACGAAAUCAUAUCGUAUGGAAUCCGGUCUUCACAUUUAUUGAUCAAAUUGGUCGGCAUAUUGAUAUGCCAGAGGUCCAUAAGAAGUUUGAGGAAUACGUCCUAAUUCUGCUCACACCUUUAUAUGAAGAUCUGGGUGCUGAAAUUGAAAACGAAGAUAAUUGGAAGACGGAUUUGCGCUCGUUGACUAAGAGAUUUUUGUGUGGCGCCGGCUACCGUCCUUGCGUAGAGGAAGCCCAAAAUGCGUACAGUGUCUGGCAACACUCAUCCGAUCCAAAUUUGGAAAAUCCGGUACCAAAUCAUUAUAUUUGUCCAAUUUUCAAAUGGGGCACCAUGGAAGAGUGGCAGUUCGGAAUACAGCGCGUGAUUGAAUUUCCAAAAUCACGUAAGCAGAGUGAGAGAACUUAUUUAUUGAAGACACUAGCUGGUUGCCCAACUCAACCUGAAAAGGUCCUUCGACUGCUAGAGCUAUCGAUUUUAGAAGAUAACUCUAAUUUCACCGAAAACGAUCAAUUCUUGAUAUUUUCCUCCCUUACUGGCACCUCCAAUGGCUAUUACACAUUAUUUAAAUUCUUAUCUGACAACUGGACGACCAUUCGGGAAAAACUGAAAGAUAAUACCAACCUAUGGGAUCACUUGAUAGGAUCAGCCACAGGUUUCUUUCUAACUCAAAAGGGAUAUGACAUGGUGCAGCAGCUCUACGAACAGCAUUCUGGAGAGUUUGGAAGCGCCCAACACAUAAUUGAAAAGUCUCUUCGGAAUAUUAAAGAAGAAGCACUGUGGAGUGAAGCGAAUCUACCGGUCAUUGAAACUUGGCUAAACAACUUUCUUUCCAAAAACUCCAGUAAAUCUUCUUAAGAGGUCAUUGCAACCCAAUCUUUUGGGUUAGAUAAUUAUAUCUUAUGUUUAUGUACCGCAAGUUAAGAAACAAAAUAAAACAUUCUCUGCAUAUUGAUUUGCAUAUUUUAGUAAAA